AAAGUUUACGGGUAUACGAGUAAAUAAAUGGGCGCUCACAGAUAAUUAUAAGCAACUUGUUAUAGCCGAUUAGUUGCUGUUUGUCAGCGAAUCGGUUGAAAUGCGAAUUUCAAGUUCUGGUGCUGGUAUCGGCCUUUUUUUUGUUGUUGGCUUGGUGCUUGUUUUGAGUUCUAAUGCCGAUGACAAGGUUAAAAGUUCCCGCAUUCUGGCGGUGUUUCCCUUCCCCGGUCGAUCUCAGUAUAUUUUCGCUGAACAGUACCUUAAGGAGCUAUCCCGACGUAGUCACAAUGUCACAGUAAUUAACACCUUCGGUAGCGACAAAAUUGAGCCCAAUUUUCGUGUAAUUGGUGCAAAAAAAAUUCACGAACUAAUGGCAGCUUUUAACAGUAUUAUGUACAAUGCGCCAGCUAGCCAGUGGAAAAUGCUGACCAUGACCACAGAGUUCAUCAAUCUUCUAACCACUUGCAUUCUGGAUGAUCCGGCUGUGAAGGAGUUGCUGGCCAGCGACGAGAGGUUCGACAUGGUCGUAUUCGAAACGGUUCAAAACGAGGCUCUUUUUGGAUUAGCCCAGCACUUUGGAGCCCUAACCAUGGGAAUUUCAUCGUAUGGAACAGAUCGCCAUAUCGACGAAUUAAUGGGCAAUAUCUCGCCACUGUCCUACAAUCCUAUGCUCUUGUCAUCACGAACAGAACGAAUGAAUUUCGAAGAUCGCUUCUGGAACCUUUGGGAUGCCUUGCUCCUUUGGGUGCAUAAGCGAGUUGUUCACUUGCCAACUCAGAGAGACCUGCUUAAAAAAUACUUUCCAGAGUCCAAGCAAUCUCUAGAGGAGAUCAUGGAUAAAUUCUCACUGGUUCUGAUGGGUCAGCACUUUUCACUGAGCUACCCGCGCCCCUAUCUGCCCAAUAUGAUCGAAGUGGGAGGACUCCAUCUGCAGCAGCAACGUAAAGUGCAACCUCUGCCCCAGGAACUUUCGGAUUUUGUCGGUCAAGCCACUGAGGGAGUAAUAUAUUUCUCGAUGGGCUCCAACAUCAAAAGCAAGGACCUGCCACCGUCUGUCCGUCAAGCUCUGAUGGAAACCUUUGCCAGUUUGCCUCAAAGUAUACUGUGGAAAUUCGAGGACGAUCAGCUGGAAGAGAAACCAGCUAAUGUUUUCAUUAGCAAGUGGUUUCCUCAACCAGAUAUUCUGGCCCAUCCGAAUGUAAAGCUGUUCAUUACCCACGGCGGAUUAUUGAGCACCAUCGAGAGCAUAUAUUUUGGAAAACCAGUUUUGGGACUGCCAGUUUUCUACGAUCAGCACUUAAAUAUCCAGAGGGCCAAGCAGGCGGGCUAUGGUCUAAGUGCCGAUUUGUGGAGUUCCAAUGCCACUGUGUUGAUUCCGUUGAUCCAGGAACUGCUGGUGAAUCCCAGCUAUGCUAAGGCCGCUGAGACCAAGUCUAGGCUAUUCCGCGAUCAAAAAGAGACCGCCUUGGAACGUGCCAUCUGGUGGACAGAGUAUGUUCUGCGAAAUGAUGGCGCCGCCCACAUGAGGUGUGCCUCCCGGGAUCUCAGCUUUGUGCAGUUCCACGGAUUGGAUACCUGGGGCCUUCUCCUCGCACUCGCGUUGCUCGUGCUACUGAGCUUUGCAAUUGUUCUGAAGCUUCUGUUCAGGGGCCUUUGUUAUGUAAUCGUUAAGCGUCGACAUCGGACGAAUAAAUUGAAGACCCAUUAACCAAUUUAGGCUAUUAAGCAGCCUAGAGUUCAUACCGCACUGAUCGUUUUUUAUGUUUUUUAACGGUAGCAUAGAAUACAAGUUUUGAGAUUGCAUGUUUUGAUUUUAGAAAGUUUUUUUAACAACCCACCAAUAAGACUAUCCAAUAGCAACCAAAAUAAAGAUUGUUUUAAAAAAAUAA